AUGUCAAUCCCGUUGACUCUCUUGCUUUGCGUUGUCGCUUCGACGGCACUCGUUCAAUUGCCACGUAGCAACCGAUACGGACUCAUCGCCAGCUACGACGCUCCAUCAUCUCAAGAUGCUGUCAUCGUUGAGCAGAAGAGAUACGAUCGUAACUGUUUCUUCUCCCCAGUCCAAUGCAUGCUUUCAUACAACGACGAAUCACGUCUUCCACUCGUUGUAACUCGCAAAGCAUCCAAACGAUUCGAUCCUCUGUUCGCCGAUUUUCGUAAUCAAAAGUAA